AGUUUGUUUUUUCUUAUGCUUAUGCAACACAGCUAAUAAUUAGCCCUAAUUAAAUGCUUUUUGACAAUUAUGGCCGCUACUGAACAACAGGAUUGGGUGUUAGACGAUGGUACUGAAAAGCUAGCUGGGGAAAUACAACUACGAAGCUAUUCCAAGUUCAUUUCAGGGUACUCCCAGCAACUUGCGGAUUUGGAAACAGCUCUCGGAAGUUAUAGCCUUGAUGCAUGGGAUAGACAUUUGGAUCCGAUUUCGUUGGACACAUCUCCGCAUGAAAGGACGUCACUUUUGGAUUUGAUAAACACAGAAAACAAAGUGUUGAAUAAGAUUAUAAUCGCGUUAUCUUCUUUAUGCCUCGAAGUACAGCAUUUGGAAAAAGAGGCAAAGGAAGAAUUUUAUGAUGCGUUAUUGUUUUAUGGCGAAGGAGUAGAAAUAAAGGAAGAAGAUGGAACUCGACAAUCCCAAAUUGGUCGUCUUUUGCCAUUAUUACAAAGAUUGUCAAGCUUCGUAACAAGAGGAAAAGAAGUCUUAAAAAACAUGAUCUUACAACUUGCAGCACUACAUAACAAAACGAUGCCUAAAGUUAUGGAAGUCGGACAAAUUCACUUUACAACUGUAUUUGAAAGUAUCGGAGCGUUACUGCGCAUCAUGAUUACUUUAGAUGAAAUUGUAGCUGCUAAUACUGUGUUAAAGAACCAAUGGAUUCAAUAUAAAGUUGUGUUGAAGUCUGUAUAUCAGGAUCCGUCUAAAUAUGGCGUCGAUGCGGAUAAAAUAAAACCGUUUGAAAAAAUGUUAGCCAGAAUCGAAAGGCAGAUUUUAGAUGGUAAAAUACUGGAUCAUUGCUGGCUACAAAAUUAUGACGACACUGGUAUUCCAGUCAGUAAAAAUACACUUUUUGCUGAAGAAUUUGCUACCAAUAUAAAAAUUAUUUUUGGAAAUGUAGAACCGAGAAUUGGUGACGGAACUGAAACGAAUCAACGGUUACAGUAUGUGGAAUUAUGUGCUUUAUUCGCUCUUCAUGUGAUGAUUUUUCGAGACUUGGACAAGCGACUUUUUCGUCAAUUGUGGGAUGUUUACAAGAAGCUGCCGUGCGUAGUUUUGACUAGUAACGUCAUUUGGUUCGCUGAUGAGUUUUUGAAACGAUUUGCUGGAAAAGCAAUCGACAAGAAAAUGUCUGAUCAAGUAACCCAAUCCAGACUGGCGUACUUGAAUUCAAAACAGCAAUCCUUACCUAGGGAAGCCCAAAGUUACUUUUUGACAGUAAGUUCUUGGCUUGUCAAAAUGGAGUCUAUACAGACGCAAGACAAAUCAACUGCCGAUCUCAAUAACAAAGUCAAAAUUCUAUUAGAGGGAAUAUAUUUAUCUUUUGGUUUAAGUAACAUGGUAAGCCAAGUGAUGAAUCUGCAUGCAGCAAUGCAAAAACCAAUGUCAAGAUCUGAAGUAUUGGCUCUUUGUCGUAUUAUGGGAUUAGCGAAAGCUAUUGAAGACAGUUUUCAUCGUUGUGCGAUGCAGGUUAUGGAAAAUGAACAACAGAUGGUGCAGCAUUUACAAUACCAAAUUCUUGCUGGAUUACAAAUGGGGAAAAGAAGAAUCGUAGUCGACAAAAAGUACAGCGAUCGUAGGCUCGAUAUAUUAUCAGCUAUCAUGCUUGCUUCGAAUUCCAUUAACGGACCACCGACAGCUCAAAGAAUUCUUGUUACAAAAUUAGCCAUCAGUAUCGCCGAUCAAAUGAGAGUAUUUAAAGAUGAGGAAUUAGGUGUUGUCAAGACGAUGAUCGACAGAUUGAUUAUUUUUGGAAACAGCCUUAAAUCAUCUAUUCGCAGAGCAUCUGAUUUUUCUUUCUUCUACUGGCAUCGUGCAGUCCUUGGAAUAUUUUUUGACGGAGUUUGUCAAGAUCCUACAGAUGCAGGUCAAAUGCCUUAUAUGUUUUCUGUUUUGAAUGAUUGUGUUCCCCAUAUACGUAGAAGCAAACAUGUUGAAAACACAGAAGAACUGGUGAAACAUUACUCCGAAGAUGUUAUAGCAAUUUUAAAACAGAAUCUGUUAGUGAAAGUAUGCAAGGAGAUUGAAAACGACCUACGCCUGUCUGUCCAUACCCAUUUAAAAUUAGAUGAUAGAAACCCAUACAAAGUUGGACUAAAAGGCCUUCGACAAUUAUUGUCCAUAAAGCCACUACAUUUUUUGAACCAGAUGAUUGACAUAAAAGAUUAUGUGUCGCAUUACAUCGAUACGACAUUCUAUAAUUUGACAACUGUGGCUUUGCACGACUGGCGAACUUACGGAGAAAUGAGAAAUUUGGCUGUACAGAAAUAUCAACUCAGAAUGCAAGAGGUUCAUCUUCCAAACCAGACUCUUGAGCAAGGUCUUGAUGUCUUGGAAAUCAUGAGAAAUAUUCACGUAUUUGUUUCGAAAUAUCUCUACAACCUAAAUAAUCAGAUAUUUGUUGAAAAGUCUAGCAACAACAAGCAUCUAAACACGAUCAAUAUUCGCCACGUUGCGAAUUCCGUACGAACCCACGGAACUGGAAUCAUGAAUACGACAGUGAAUUUUACUUUCCAAUUUCUGAAAAAAAAAUUUUACAUUUUUUCUCAGUUUUUGUACGAUGAGCACAUCAAAUCAAGGCUUAUCAAAGAUAUUCGGAAUUUCAAGGAAAAUCGUGUCGCACUCGGACAGAGGUAUCCCUACGAUCGUGCUGACAGAUUCAAUAAAGGGAUUCGAAAGCUCGGUCUUUCACCUGAGGGUCAAAGUUAUUUGGACCAAUUCCGACUGCUCGUUUCUCAUAUCGGAAAUGCAAUGGGAUAUGUUCGCAUGGUAAGGUCUGGCGGAAUUCAUUAUUGCAGUGAUGCAAUACGUUUCGUUCCUGAUCUUGAUGAUAUCGUGAGUUUCAAUGAACUAGUACAAGAGGAAAACAUAGGAGAUGAAGUCAAUGAAGCCGCGUCACAUUUGGAUACUGUGAUUGAUACCUUGUCGAAAAAUUCAGCUGAAGGAUCGGAUUAUUUUACCAAACUUGUUGAUGUUUUUUCGCAAGAAUUCCGCAGUCAGAAAAACAUGCAUUUACGGAAUUUUUACGCGAUUCUGCCACCUUUGACGCUCAACUUCGUUGAGCACAGCAUAAGCUGCAAAGAAAAAAUGAAUAAGAAGAAUAAACAAGGUGCCGCAUUCACGGACGACGGAUUCGCAAUGGGCGUCGCAUACAUUCUCAAACUUCUUGACCAAUAUAAAGAUUUUGAUUCGCUUCAUUGGUUCCAAUCUGUAAAGCAUAAGCACGAAGAAGACAUGAAAAGCCAGAAAAAGGAUGUGACAUCUUCCUCUAAGAAGCAACAAUCUUCUUCUAACAUUACAGAGGAUGAGAAGCUCCUCCAGGCAACAUCUCUUGCUCUAAAAAGAAUCUUAAUUUAUCAGAGAGAAUUUGAACUUCUCUAUUUUUCAUUGAGCAGUGCAAGAAUAUUUUUCCGCGGAAAUAAAUCUGAUGAUGAUGGAGAUGAGAAACCAUCUGAGGAUACUACUCAAGACAACGCUAACAACUCUGGAAAUGAGUCUACCACUCAACAACCUCCUCAACCUAAUUCAUGAACUAUUAUUUUUUGUGCUAACUUUCAAUUUGCCUUCAUUAUAUUAUUAUUAUUGAUUGUAACCAGGGAAAUCCAAGACAAAUCAAAUAUUCAAAUAACAUUAUCUCAACUGUAUUUUUAAUACUAAAUUAUAAUUCCAGUGAUUCACAAUGAUUGUUAAAAUUUGACCGUUCAACACAGGAGUGUGUAACCUGCGGGCCAAAUACGGCUCACAAGUAUAAAUGGUGUGGCCCGCAGAGUAGUGACAGUUCUGAAUUAUGUGCAAUCCGAGCGACGAGUUUUUAAUUCAGUUCAAUUUAGUAUGUGCAAGUAAUUCGAAUCCCUUUGCGUUGCAAAGCCUAUACCGGAAUCCAUUUAUUAUCUAUGCCUAUGAUGCACCAAUGCCGCAGGUCAUAAGAUUAAUACCCAAACAUUUUUGUGCCUGCAACUACUAGAAAUUUCAUGUUAAAUAAUGGUGCGACCCACGGUUUCACCCUGUUAUUUGUAACUGGUCAUCCUGUUUUAAAGGUUGCACACCCCUGGUUUAACAUAUUAUUUAUUCCACCUUUGAAAAUUUUUUUUGAAAUAUACUUGGAAUUGUGUGCUAUUCUGGUCAUCAUUCUCUGAUUGUAACUACCAUUUUCUUUUUACAUUAUUUAAAAAAAAAUUUAAUUUUGUUCAUAUUGAGUUGCAAAUUUAAAUAUUUAAUUCCAUGUAGCCAUUAUAUUAUAUACCGGUAAGCCUGCAAUUUUUAUUUCUUAUUUAUUUAACAAAAAUCUGUUUCAAACCAAGAUUAAAUGUAUUAUCGUCAUUUUUUUUUUUAAAAGUAGUUAAUACAAAAGGUUGUUUUCCCGUAUAUUAAUGGGCAAUGUGGAGACCAUUUCUCAACACAUGAUAUCAAUUCUUAGUUAGGUAUAAAUUAACAACGAUUGGUAUUUUUUUAACUAUAGCCUUUGGAUCUAGAAUUUUGAAACCUUAUAUCCAGUUAGAUAAAUUGUUGGAAUCUGACAUAUUCAGUUGGUGAUAGUGACUGAGAGCCUGUGAUUAAAUAUGAGAUUGUAUUUUUGAUUUGGGGAUUUUUUUCUUUUGAAUCGUAAAUUUUGUAUCACAUUGUUAAUGAGAAUUCAUUCCUUGUUAUUGAUUAUCCGAUUGAUUUAAAAUUCAUUGUUUGUGAUUAGUUUCCUAAUAUGUGCUUGUCAAAAAAGGGAUAGGCCAGUAUAGAAAUCAGCCGUUUUUUUGUGAUUACUAUAAUAGUAUGUUGAUGAAUAUUCAUUGCCACUGAUUUUCCUUGAUUGUUGUAAUAAAAGGGGUAUUGUAUACUUCAGUACUAUUUGACGAUAUAGCAAAAAGAACAGCACUGGCACUCGGUUAUUAGAAUAAGAUGAUUCCGACUAGUCGUACAUCAAGGAUUUUUAUAUCAGCAAAUUCAGAUUUGUACUGAAGUAUACGUAUCUCUCAUACUAUUUUAAGUGCAAUAUUAAAUUUUCUUUGCCUAUGGCUCUAUUAUUAUAAUAUAUUGUAUAUUCUCGAAAUAUUGAAAUUAUUACCAUAUUUGAUUAUUCGUUUAAUUAUAG